UAUAAGUCAAACGCUGAUGGUCAUAGUCAAUAGUCAACAGUACAAUUAGCUCUAAGUCAGUAUAAAUAGGAUAAGUGUUACCAGAUAAGUAGUUAGUCAUUUUAAUCAUUGUAACAAACACAGAAAUAUUCAAUUCUGUUCAGCUCUCUUUCUCUCUUUCUUCAUCAUCUUCUUCGCUCUCACAAAUCAUAGGGUUUUGAUACACAACUCCAUAGCCAAUCUUUCAUGCUUUCUGGUAUCUCCAUCAUCACAUCAUGAUUUUCAACAUGGUAUCAGAGCCAUGGCGGCCUGACAGAACAUUCAAAAAGGCUCUGACUCAAUAGACAAGUACUUGUUGCGUUUUAAAUAUAUGAGAGAUCGAUUAGCUGUGGCAGGAGUUGAGAUGAAUGAUCAAGAUGUUAAAUUUCAGAUUCUUGCUGGUCUUCCAAGUGAGUAUGGUCAUACUAGGCAGAUUAUUAGAGAACAAAAGGCAAUUACUAUGGAGGAAGUAAGAUCCUUACUUUUAUCUGCUGAAUUUGAAAUUGAAUUAAAGCACAGCUCUUUACCUUUGUCACCGCUUACUGCAGUGGUUAGUCACAAUGCUUCAUCCAUUGUUAAUGGUCACCUUGGUGCUUACGAAGGUUUACUUCAAACUGGGGUAUCACAAGCACCUUAUACACCCAAUAUAGUUAAUCCUUGUGCUAUGUGUUUUGCUGCAAUAAAUCCUACUUGUAACAGUUAUGUUGUUGGUCAACAAAAUGGUCAUGGUGUUAUGCAACAAAGUGGUAUUGGGAUGCAACAAAAUGGAGGCUUUUCUCAAAAUGGAAAUUCUUUUCAACACAAUGGUGGAUUUACAAAUUACAUUGGUGGUUUUAAUCCAGCAAAUUGCAAUCACAGCACAUAUGGAGGAGCUUUUCAAUACAAUGAUGAUGGCUGCAGUUUCAACCAAGGCUCUACGGAUAACAAUGGAUACUUUAUCAACUUUGUAUCUAAUACACCAAAUGGUAUCAUGGUUCAUACUUCUGGUUCAAAUCUCGCUCAUUCAUAUUUGACUACUGGUAUCCCACAACAACUUGGUAGAUUUCAUCACUCCAAUACUACUUUUGCACAACCUCAGUAAAAUUAUGGUUAUCUGCAAACAAAUGGUUUCAAAUCAUAUGGUGGAUUUAUGCAUCAAGUGAGUGGAAGUGGUGAUGGUUUUUCAAAUAUGAACGGAAGUGAAGAGUACACUCAUUCUACUGGUGAUAAUUACUCACAACAAGAUGAUGGCUACAACAACAGUAGUGAUAAGUUUUCCAACAGGGUGUAAAAUAAUAGCAGGAGUAGAAAUUUUAAUAACAAUGGGCAACACAUCAACAAUAAUCAAGGGUGUUCAAGCAUACCAGUUUGUCAAAUAUGUGAGAAACUUGGUCACACUGCUCAGAUUUGUUCUCAGCGAUCCUCUCCUAGAAAAGUUGUUGCUUCUGGGUCCUGUAUGAAAUGUCAAAUUUUCUUUAAAAUAGGUCACAGUGCAGCAGAAUGUUUGCGCAGACACCACUAUGGUUUUCAACCACAAACUUGCACAGCCCCUAAAGCUUUGUCUGCUUCCUUCUGCACUCAACCAAAGCCACCCUCCAUUGCUACUCAACCAAAUACCAAUGCUUCUCAAUCACAAGUUGUCAAGCCUCUGCCAUUUGCAGCUCCAUCUCCAUUAUCAGUUCCUACUCACCCUCAUUUGCAGCAAACUCUUCUCAAGAAAAUUGAAGUUUUGUCGACACCAAGCACUUGGCUACUUCCUUCUACUCCAGACAUACAUCUAAUGAAGUGUAGGCAAACUUGUGAGUCUACGAAUUUAUGGCAAUCACUGCCACUCAUUCCUCCUGGUUGAGACAAGUCCUUGAUCAAUUUGCUGCAUUUUUGCCGAAGGAUUUCACAACCUAGUCCUUGGUCCCCAAGUACUAGUUUGAGGGGGGAUGUUAAGAGAGUAUAAGUCAAACGCUGAUGGUCAUAGUCAAUAGUCAACAGUACAAUUAGCUCUAAGUCAGUAUAAAUAGGAUAAGUGUUACCAGAUAAGUAGUUAGUCAUUUUAAUCAUUGUAACAAACACAGAAAUAUUCAAUUCUGUUCAGCUCUCUCUCUCUUUCUUCAUCAUCUUCUUCG